AUGCGUCCCGAAGUUGAGCAGGAGCUCGCCCACACGCUCCUUGUCGAGCUUCUCGCCUACCAGUUUGCUUCUCCUGUCAGAUGGAUUGAGACACAAGAUGUGUUUCUUGCCGAGAAGAUUGCCGAGCGUAUCGUGGAAAUCGGUCCCGCUGAUACCCUUGGUGUAAUGGCCAAGAGGACGCUCGCCUCCAAGUACGAAGCUUACGACGCCGCAAAGUCUGUUCAAAGACAAAUUCUCUGCUACAACAAGGACGCCAAAGAGAUUUACUACGAUGUCGACCCAGUUGAAGAGGAGCCUGAGCCGGUAGCAGCCGCGCCAAGCUCUUCCAGUGCUCCCGCUGCGGCUGCGGCGGCCCCAGCUGCUGUUGCGGCGGCACCUCCACCACCGAGUGCUGGCCCUGCUGCCUCGGUGCCCGAUGCGCCGGUGCCGGCCGUUGACAUUGUGAAGGCUUUGGUUGCUCAGAAGCUCAAGAAGGGAGCAUCUGACAUUCCAUUGGGCAAGGCCAUCAAGGACUUGGUUGGUGGUAAAUCCACACUUCAGAAUGAAAUCGUCGGUGACCUCGGGAAGGAGUUUGGCUCGACACCCGAAAAGCCCGAAGAUACACCGCUUGAUGAGCUCGGUGCUGCGUUGCAGGCCACUUUCGAUGGCAACCUCGGCAAGACCACCCAGGGUCUUAUCGCUCGUCUGAUUUCUUCAAAGAUGCCCGGUGGAUUCAACAUUACGACUGCGAGGAAGUACCUCGAGACGAGGUGGGGUUUGGGCUCCGGACGCCAAGACGGAGUCCUUCUGCUGGCCAUCACUAUGGAGCCAGCCGCGCGUCUGGGGUCCGAGGCUGAUGCCAAGGCUUUCCUCGACGACGUAUCCCAGAAGUACGCCGCCAGCGCUGGCAUCAGCUUGUCCACCGCUGCGGCUGCUGGCCCAGCCGGCGGUUCCGGCGGCGGCAUGAUGAUGGACCCGGCGGCGAUUGAGGCUCUGACCAGCGACCAGAAGACGUUUUUCAAGCAACAGCUGGAGCUCACUGCGAGAUAUCUCAAGGUGGACAUUCGUGCCGGAGACAAGGCUUUCCAGGCCUCCCAAGAGUCUUCCAAGGUCUUGCAGGCCCAGAUUGAUCUUUGGAUGGCCGAGCAUGGCGACUUCUACGCCUCUGGCAUUGAGCCCGUCUUUACACCGCUCAAGGCUCGCGUUUACGAUUCGUCAUGGAACUGGGCCCGUCAAGAUGCUCUUAGCAUGUACUACGACAUCAUUUUCGGGCGGUUGCAGGCUGUUGACCGUGAAAUUGUUGGCAAAAGUAUCCGGAUCAUGAACCGUUCUAACCCAGCUCUCCUCGAGUUCAUGCAAUAUCACAUCGACAACUGCCCAACAGAGCGUGGAGAGACCUAUCAGCUUGCCAAAGAGCUCGGUGCCAUGCUCAUCGAGAACUGCAAGGAGGUGCUCACUGCCGACCCUGUGUACAAGGAUGUUGCGGUCCCUACCGGCCCACGCACCACUGUUGAUGCUCGCGGCAACAUGAAGUAUGAGGAGGUUCCUCGCGCUAGCUGCAGAAAGCUCGAGCAUUAUGUCCAACAAAUGGCCGAGGGUGGCAAGAUUUCCGAGUACGGCAGCAGGACAAAGGUUCAGAAUGAUCUGUCCAAGAUCUACAAGUUGAUCAAGCAGCAGCACAAGCUUCCUAAGACAUCGCAGCUCGAGAUCAAGAGCUUGUACAGUGAUAUCAUCCGCUCUCUUGGCAUGAACGAGAGCCAAAUCAUUCCCAAGGAGAACGGCAAGGGUGCCAGCGCCGCCGCCGGUCUCGUCAAAAAGUCCAAGCCCAAGGGCAAGACUGAGACCAUUCCCUUCCUCCAUCUCCGCAAGAAGACUCAGCAUGGCUGGGACUACAGCAAGAAGCUCACCAGCCUGUACCUUGACUGCUUGGAGGAAGCCGCCAAGGAUGGUGUCACAUUUGCUGGCAAGUAUGUGCUCAUGACUGGUGCUGGAGCUGGCUCCAUCGGUGCCGAGGUUCUCCAGGGCCUCAUCACUGGCGGUGCCAAGGUUGUUGUCACCACCUCUCGCUUCUCCCGUGAAGUGACCGAGUAUUACCAGUCCAUGUAUGCUCGUUAUGGCUCGCGCGGCUCUCAGCUCGUGGUCGUUCCCUUCAACCAGGGCAGCGUUCAGGAUGUCAACGCCCUUGUCGAGUACAUCUAUGACCCCAAGACCGGCCUUGGCUGGGACUUGGACUUCAUCGUUCCUUUUGCCGCCAUUUCUGAGCAGGGUCGCCAGAUCGAUGGCAUCGACUCCAAGUCUGAGCUUGCUCACCGCAUCAUGCUCACCAACCUCAUCCGUCUUCUCGGAAACGUCAAGGCCCAGAAGGCCGCCCGUGGUUUCGAGACCCGGCCUGCUCAGGUCAUUCUUCCCCUUUCUCCCAACCACGGCACGUUCGGCAGUGACGGUCUCUAUUCCGAGUCCAAGCUUGGCCUCGAGACUCUCUUCAACAGGUGGCAUGCCGAGGACUGGGCUAACUACCUCACCAUUUGCGGUGCCAUCAUCGGCUGGACCCGUGGCACUGGUCUCAUGGCUGGUAACAACAUGGUGGCCGAGGCUGUCGAAAACUUUGGCGUGCGCACCUUCUCGCAGCAGGAAAUGGCUUUCAACCUUCUUGGACUCAUGUCUCCCACUGUCGUCGAUUUGUGCCAGAAUGAGCCCGUGUUUGCCGACUUGAACGGUGGUCUCCAGUUUAUUCCCAACCUGAACGAGGUGAUGACCAAGGAGCGCAAGUCCAUCACCGAGACCAGCGAGAUUCGUCGUGCCGUCACCAAGGAGACCGCUGUCGAGAACAAGAUUGUCAACGGUGAAGACUCUGAGGUCCUCUACAAGAAGAAGGUCAUCGAGCCUCGCGCCAAUCUCAAGUACGACUUCCCCACCCUUCCCGACUGGAAGUCCGAGGUUGCUCCUCUCAACGACAAGCUCAAGGGCAUGGUCGAUCUCGACAGGGUUGUCGUCAUUACUGGUUUCGCCGAGGUUGGUCCAUGGGGCAACUCGAGGACUAGAUGGGAGAUGGAGGCGUACGGCGAGUUCUCCCUGGAGGGCUGCAUCGAGAUGGCCUGGAUGAUGGGUCUCAUCAGGAACCACAACGGUCCCAUCAAGGGCCAGCCAUACUCCGGCUGGGUUGAUGGCAAGACUGGCGAGCCUGUGGAGGACAAGGACAUCAAGGCCAAGUACGAAAAGUACAUCUUGGAGCACUCCGGUAUCCGUCUGAUCGAGCCCGAGCUGUUCGAUGGCUAUGACCCCAACAAGAAGCAGCUCCUCCAGGAGGUCGUCAUUGAGGAGGAUCUGGAUCCCUUCCAGACUUCCAAGGAGACCGCCGAGGAGUUCAAGCGCGAGCAUGGAGACAAGGUCGAGGUCUUUGAGAUCCCCGAGAGUGGCGAGUACACUGUUCGUAUGAGGAAGGGGGCAUCCCUCUGGAUUCCCAAGGCCCUUCGCUUCGACCGUCUCGUUGCUGGUCAGAUCCCAACUGGCUGGGACGCCAAGCGCUACGGCAUCCCUGAGGACAUCAUCAGCCAAGUCGACCCCGUUUCUCUGUACGUUCUCGUCUCGACUGCCGAGGCCCUCUUAUCCUCCGGUAUCACAGAUCCUUUCGAGUUCUACAAGUAUGUCCAUGUGUCCGAAGUGGGCAACUGCAUUGGUGGUGGUCUUGGUGGAUCAACGGCUCUCCGCCAGAUGCACGUCGAUCGCUACAAGGACAAGCCGGUCCAGAACGACAUUCUUCAGGAGUCCUUCAUCAACACCAUCGCUGCGUGGGUGAACAUGUUGCUCCUCUCGUCUUCUGGCCCCAUCAAGACCCCCGUCGGUGCUUGCGCUACUGCUGUUGAAUCCGUCGACAUCGGUUAUGAGACCAUCAUGGAGGGCAAGGCCCGCAUCUGCAUCGUCGGUGGUUAUGAUGACUUUGGUGAGGAGGGCUCGUACGAGUUCGCCAACAUGAAAGCCACCAGCAACUCUGUUGACGAGAUGGCCCAUGGCCGCACUCCUGCCGAGAUGUCCAGACCCACCACCACGACUAGAAACGGCUUCAUGGAAGCUCAGGGUGCCGGUCUCCAGGUCAUCAUGACUGCCAAGCUCGCUCUCGACAUGGGUGUUCCCAUUUGGGGCAUUCUUGCCCUCACCACGACCGCCUCUGACAAGAUCGGACGCUCCGUCCCUGCUCCCGGCCAGGGUGUUCUCACCACCGCCCGUGAGCAUUCCGGCAAGUUCCCCUCCCCACUUUUGGACAUCAAGUACAGAAGGCGCCAGAUCGAGAGGCGCACUCGCCAAAUCCAGGGUGAUAAGGAAGCCGAGCACCAAUACCUCGCCGACGAGGCUGAGGCUCUCAAGUCUGAGGGUCGGUCGCGUGGUGAGAUUGAGGAGUAUGUCGCAGACCGGGCCAGGCACAUCGAGAAGGAGGCCGAGAGGCAAACUCGCGAGGUGUUGCGCAGCUUUGGCAACAACUUCUGGAAGCAGGAUCCCAGCAUCGCUCCCCUGCGUGGCGCUCUGGCCACUUGGGGUCUCACCAUCGACGAUCUUGACGUUGCUUCUUUCCACGGCACGUCCACCAAGGCCAACGACAAGAACGAGUCUUCUGUUAUUUGCCAACAGCUCGAGCAUCUCGGCCGUACCAAGGGCAAUGCCGUCAUGGGUAUCUUCCAGAAGUAUCUCACAGGUCAUCCCAAGGGUGCUGCCGGUGCCUGGAUGUUGAACGGCUGCCUGCAGGUUCUCAACAGUGGUCUCGUGCCCGGUAACCGCAACGCUGACAACGUCGACGCCAUCAUGGAGAAGUUUGAUCACAUCGUCUACCCCAGCCGUACUCUCCAGACCGAUGGCGUCAAGGCUUUCUCGGUCACCUCUUUUGGUUUCGGCCAGAAAGGUGCUCAGGCUAUCGGUAUCCACCCCAAGUAUCUGUAUGCCACUCUUGACCAGCAAACCUUCAACUCGUACAAGACCAGGGUUGAGGCUCGCCAGAAGAAGGCCUACACGUACUUCCACAACGGCCUGAUCAACAACGCGCUGUUCGUUGCAAAGGACAAGCCCCCAUAUACCGAUGAGCAACUCAGCCAGGUUCUCCUCAACCCCGAUGCUCGCGUCACGGAAGACAAGAAGACUGGCCAGCUCAUCUUCCCUCCCAACUUCAUGAAGCUUUCUGAGAAGACUGCUUCUGCCACGCCUGCUUCUCCUCAGAGCGGCAAGGCAGCUUUGGAGAUGAUGAUUGGGCAGGCCGCGAGGGCACUUGAGACGGCCAACACUCAGGUGGGUAUGGAUAUUGAGGACAUCAAGUCGAUCAACACCAACAGCGACACUUUCCUUGACCGCAACUUCACCGAGGCCGAGAUGAAGUACUGCUUCUCGUCCUCCACUGGGCGGUCGCCUCAGAAGGCGUUUGCUGGCCGAUGGAGUGCCAAGGAGGCCGUCUUCAAGGCCCUGCGUGUCCAGGGACAAGGAGCGGGUGCGGCUCUGAAGGAUAUUGAGAUCGUUUCAGACAGCACUGGCUCACCAACAGUCAAGCUGCACGGUUAUGCUCAAGAAGCCGCUCAGAAGGCUGGUAUCAGAUACGUCAACGUGUCCAUCACAUACACCGAUGACCACGCGGCCGCCAUUGCCACAGCGCAGCUCUGA